UCAAAUUUGAAAAUUGCAGAAAUAAUAGUUUUUGGAAUACCUAUAAUCACUCAUAUUUUUGCAAGUGCAUUAUAUCGUCUAGAAAGAAAAUGACUCUGUGCUGUACAUUACUGUUUGUUUUGUUAGCAACAAGUUUCUUCAGCGAAGAAGUCGACGCAAGAUCGUUCCCGACUUUUUGUUCAGAUAUUUACAACACAUUGCCUUCUCCGAUGUGGCGACAGCUAUGUGGUCAUGGCAACCCAGGACCAUUCAUACCAAGAACCGCAAUGAAACGCGACGAAGAGAAAGAAGUUUCCCGCGCGCUCUUAGAAGAAUUAGCCGAGCUACAGUCAGAUGGAGAAGUAGAGAAAAGAGACGGAUUCUUUGCUCCAAGUGACGACUACCUAAACAACAUGAUGCGUUGGUUAAAGCUAAAUUCCUACAAUCGACGAUAUUAAUUUGAAAAAAUUAAUGGGAAGUGUUUUUGGACGAAAAAGUGUUCGUGUAAAUUUUGAAUGUGAUUAAUUUAAUAAAGGAUUGUGAUAUAACGAUUUCGUCUUGAUUCUUCUGAGAUACGAAAUACCUAGCGCAUGCCUAAAAUUCUAUUUUUUGAAAAAAAUAGAAGAAAGGUCGCAGAAUUACUCAUAUACUCUUCUGUAUUUGGAAGU